CUCCGUUCAAAGGAACAUCGAAAAAAUUUGUCGUCUUCAAUCCGCCCAGAACCUUUAACGUUUAGUGGCAAUUCUAUUUGAGCGAUUUUAUCUUUAAUAUCAUCCCACCAUGUCUUCAAAUCACGCAUCUCUCGACGCGGCGGCCACAGAGCGCAAAGCACGUCUAGCAAAGCUCUCAGCAUUGAAACGAAAGCAACCGGAACCAGAGUCCCUGACAGAAUCUCGUGCCGGUGAUCAUGAAAUGACAGACGCAGUCCCAGAUGUUACGACAACAUUCCUCUCCGGACGAAAUUACGAUCCAGAAGCUCGCGGGCCGAAGUUGGGUUUUGAGCAGACUCCAACAGAUGGGCAGAUCACCUUGGAACAACAAGCUGCUGAAAUAGCUAGAGCUACCGCGGAGCAAGCAAGGAAGGACGAGGAGGCAGACCAACCGAUAGACCUUUUCCAACUACAACCGAAAAAGCCUAAUUGGGAUUUGAAGCGCGACUUGGAUGAGAAGAUGAAGAUUCUUGAUGUGCGGACGGACAACGCCAUCGCAAAACUUGUACGGCAGCGCAUCGAAAAUGCACAACGUGCAGCCAAAGAGAGAGGGUCGAAAGGGGAAUCAGGAGAGGAAGUUGGCAUCGAGGGAGAAAUGUUGGUUGAAGGGAUUCAUAUGCGUGAAAGGGAAGAAGAGGACGAGGAUGAAUGAACGGUCUGAAUGAUACCCUGGAGGAAGUUAUGGGCAGCUCUCAGGUUACAUUAAUUGACAGAUUUGACCAUCGUAUUUGACUAGGGUUUACAGCAUAAAAAGAGGUGUCGGAAGGCGUUCUGUAUCAAUUACAUCAUUAAAUAGGAUAAUAAUUCCAAUGGGCUUAUUGUACAGCGGU